GGCCCGGGGCUGGGACCCGCGGCCGCCUCCGCCGCCUCCUACGCGUCGGGAGCAGCCGCGGCCGCAGCCGGAGCAGGGGCCACAGUCGCGGCCCGAGUGGCGAAGGCGCGUGUGAGUUGCCGGGAGUCGCCGGUGCCGGAACACCUCGAACUGUGGGCGGGAGCUCUUCAGGUGGGCUGAGCCGCCGUCGCCCCUCCGCACCGCGCCCCCCAGGCCCAGACGACGGGGCUGGGAUCUCCCCAGGCGCUGGACUGGCUUCUCUCAGGCAGAGCCCUCCGAGCCGGGCUCUGGGUCUUCCUCGGUUUUGGUUUUCCUUCAAACUCAGGACGGAGGCCGGAGGCCAGUGAACUGCCCGGACCCAGCAUUUCCUUGUCGCCCAGGCUGUAGCAACUGGGAGCCCCCUUCUGCUGCCACCUCUCCAGCUAGGGAAGGGACUAGCGCGUUCCCACUGUCUCGUACUGUGCCCUCCCCCUCCCGUUCAAGGACGAGUUUCUUUUCCCUCUCCAUUAGAAAUCCUGUCCCGGACGUCCAAAACAUCCAUCUGAGUGUCCUUUCCCCAGCUUCUGGAGCAGCCCUUAAAAACAUUGUCUACUUAUCAGGGCCUAGAAUCGCUUGUUCUUGACUUGGCUUUUUAUCUCCUUUGAGAGACAGAAGUCCCCUUAUCACCCUCUUAACUGACAAUACCCAGGACCUUAUUCUUUUGGAUCACCAGCCCCCUGGCCAUAUCCGUGUGACUUUUCCAACCCAUCUGAGUUCCAGUUUCCACUGGGCUCCAGUCUCCAGCUCCCAGCGGAUCUGGUCAGUCCCACCCCUGGGUGGGAGUGACCAGGGGGCUCUGGCCCAGGAUCCCCCACCCUGGAAGGUAGCUCCAAGGUAACAAGAAAUUUGCGCUUUGAGUACAACCCUGGCAGCUCAGGAGUGGGUGCUCCACUCACCCCACACAAGAAGAUGAAAAAGCGCAAAGAGCUCAAUGCAUUGAUUGGCUUAUCUGGGGACAGCCGGAGAAAGAAGCGCAAGAAAGGCACAGGCCACCGACUGCUUCGCACUGAGCCUCCGGACACAGACUCUGAGUCCAGUUCCGAGGAGGAAGAGGAAUUCGGUUUAGUUGGAAAUCGCUCUUGCUUUGUCAAGGGAGACUAUUCACGAUGCUGCAAGAUCUGUUAUCCCCUCUGUGCGUUUGUCAUCCUUGCCGCCUGUGUCGUGGCCUGCGUUGGCUUGGUGUGGAUGCAAGUUGCUCUGAAGGAGGAUCUGGAUGCCCUCAAGGAAAAAUUUAGAACAAUGGAAUCUAAUCAGAAAAGUUCAUUCCAAGAAAUCCCCAAACUUAAUGAAGAACUACUCAGCAAACAAAGAGAACUUGAGAAGAUUGAAUCUGGAGAGCUGGGCUUGAACAUGGUCUGGAUGAACAUCACAGAAAUGAAUAAGCAGAUUUCUCUGUUGAAUUCUGCAGUAAACCAUCUCAAAGCCAGUGUUAAAUCAGCAGCAGACUUAAUUAGCCUGCCUGCCACUGUGGAGGGACUUCAGAAGAGUGUAGCUUUCAUUGGCAAUACUUUAAACAGUGUCCAUCUUGCUAUAGAGGCAAUACGGAAAACUGUGGAUGAACACAAAAAAGCCAUGGAAUUACUACAGAGUAAUAUGAAUCAGCACUCUUUGAAGGAAACCAGUAGAAUCAACCAGAUUAUUCCAUCACCUUCAGCCCCAUCAGCACUUGACAAUAAAACCCACAGUGAGAAUGUGAAACAGGAUAUCCUGUACCUUCACAACUCUUUAGAGGAGGUAAACAGUGCCCUAAUGGCCCUGAGACAGAGUGAUCUUAAACUGGAGGGGAGGAAUGAGACAGUCAGUAUUCUUACCCAGAGAGUCAAAUUGGUAGAAAGAGAUCUGGUUGCUAUGAGCAAGGUAGAAAAGCAAGCAAACCUGUCCUUCAGCAUGAAAGGUGAAAGAGCUACCACUCUGAAAAGAGAGUCUUUGCAUCAGGUGACCAGCAGAACAGAUACAGUAAAAAUCCAAAGCAUAAAGAAAGAAGAUAGUUCGGAUUCUCAGGUAUCCAAGCUAAGAGAGAAACUACAGCUGGUCACUGCUCUCACCGACAAACCUGAGAGCAACAGGCCUCCAGAGACCACCCAUGCAGAUUCUCAGGUAUCCAAGCUAAGAGAGAAACUACAGCUGGUCACUGCUCUCACCAACAAACCUGAGAGCAACAGGCCUCCAGAGACCACCCAUGAAGAGCAAGUACAGAGUUUUACAUCAAAGCCAUCAGCAUUGCCAGAAUUGCCACAGUUUGUCAUACACCAGACUGAGAAAGCUGUCCAGCUAAGAUCUGUCUCCCUACCAGGAAUUUCUAGCAUCAAAGAUCUUCAGGAUUUAUUCCACAAGACUGGCCAGAACAUGGAUGAGAAGCUGACCUACCAGGAAAUUAAGAACUCCUUAGGUUCUGCUAUACCAGCACCAGAGAGUUUGAGAGUGUUUGAUGCUGAUGGAGAUGGAAGAUACUCAUUCCUGGAGCUAAGAGUAGCUGUAGGUGUCUAGCCUCAUUGGGCAUAUUUAGAAACGGAUAUAUAUCCUGGGCUACCUGAUAUCUACUCACCUAACAAAAAAAACCCUUCUAUUUACCUGUCAGUUUUCCAAACUAUUGUAACAGACACAUUGCCACCUUUUAACUUGUUUGAAAAAGCUAUAUAAAAGUUAUUUUUUUAAAAAGAAGAUCAGAAAUCUAUGAUUUCCUGAAACCAGUAAGAUCUUAAUUCUAAAAUUGCCAGAAUAAAAGUCAAGCCCCCUUUUUUUCUCUUUUCCUUUUUUGAGGGAAGGAGACCUUUUAAAACUGGAAAAUGUGUAUAUAGUGAGAAUAAGCCACCUUUUAUAUUUUGCAUAAAUUUGCCUUAAAUUAACUGCACUUUAUACAGACUCAGAAAAUGUCUUUCCUUUAAAGAUAGACUUUUUCUGUUUGUAAAUAUUUGAAAUGAGAGAGUUCUGCAUAUUUUGUGGGAAGUAGGAGGAAUGGUGUGAAAUAGGAUGUGAACAAAUGACUUAUUAAAAGUCGCUAAUUUGAUCUGGUGGCGGCUGAAACAAGGUCCAUGUCUCCUUCAGGCAUCUCUUUUAGGUGCUGCCAUGGGGUUUGGUCUGGUGGCCAGAGGAAUAUAUUUAGGGAGUAGACACUGGGGACAGCGUAGCCUCCAGGCUCAGGAAAGUAAGAUUUGGCUCUUUGUUUCUGUCCCCUUAGCUAAUCCCAACCUGUGAACCAGAGAAGUUUUCUUGGGCAUUUUUAUUAUUUUCUAUUCUAUUUCAGGGUUUAUGAAUAUAAAGUUAUGAAUAUAAAGUGGGGAGCUACAUUUUUCUCCCGGAGUGAGCAGGAUUCACAUGCGUGCGCGUGAGCACACGUCUAAAAGCUGUGGCUGACUUCCACCUCCGAUAUUACAUCCAUUCUGAAUGGCAGGGCUGAAGUCCCUUGGCCACUGUCUCAGCCUAGCUGCCCAGGAGCUUUAAGGGAGAGCUAUACCUCUAAUUCUGACCUAGGAAACUGAGAUUUUACGUGGGCACUAACCAAGAACCUAAUAUGUUCCUCUGGGGGCUAAAGCCAAAUAGGUUGUGAACAUACUGGGUUUCUUCAUAAUUAUCAGGUCAGAAGCAGCAGGAAGCUUUAUGUCCAGAAAAUGCCGAACAGUAGCAAACAGGCCUGGAACAUUGGGCUUCACGUGAUGGUAGCAAGUGUUUUCAAAUCUAAUACAAGCAAGUGUAAUACUUUCCCCUUGAAACACUCUGUAGCCUGGUACUAAAGGACCGUGGACUGGAAGGAGUUUUACCUCCAUGUCACCUGUGUGUGCUGCAUUGUUCUUAGAAGGAAUCUUUGAACAACACAAAAGGAAAAAACUUUGCAAAACUUAACUGUGCUGUAGGCCAAGUCAGGGAGAAACUAGAGAAGCUUUCGUGGACUAACUUCUUUAGUGGAGCUCAUUUCCACUUUAAUUUUUUCCACUUUAACUUUGUACAAGUUGCCCAGUUAGCCAUAGAUGCAGCCAAACAUCCUUAACUAUUUAAGGGCUGGUUUUGUUUUGGUAUUUUCUUUAUAUGAUAUUUAGCUUGGUGUAGGCUAACCUUGAUUUUUUUUUUUUUUUUUUUUUUAGAAAUGUUAAAAGUUAGUUAAAGCAAGGUGAAGUUUUUUCCCAUGAAUGUGUCUGCUUAUCACAUAUGGCUUAUGCUUUUCUCUCUUUAAAAAUAUUUUUUUCUUGCCCAUCCAAGCUAUUUCACUUUCUUGGAAAGGUUAAAAUAUAGUAAAUAAUUAGCCUGGCACUUUAGAUAACUUGAAGAUUACUCUUCGGGCUACCUUCCAUGCCCCCUCCCUUUUUUAAUAUAUGAACCCUGACGGAUUUUGUAACAACCAAAUAACAUUCUAGCAAUAAAUUGAAUUAUACUGCUAUAUUUGUAUAUAAUGUACCAUAAAUAGUAUGUCUGUACCUGGAAGGUAUUUUUUUGAGAACUGAUUUAUAUGAAAUAUACUUGAGGGUAAUGUAGCUUGUCCUUUUUAGUUUCAAAUUCUUAUUCAUAGGCAGAUACUUUGAGGACGCCUUAACUCUUUGUUGUAUGUACUUUUCUUUUGCAUCGGAUAGCUAUCCGUGGAGGAGUCAUUUUGUUUUUUAGUUUAUCAUCUGUUCUUACCUCAGGUGUGUCUGGCUAGCAUCAUCCCUGAGCCAGGAUUAUAGUACCAUCCUCCCCCCCGUCCAGUUUGGCAGAGGUGUCCCUGCUAUACUCUCAGAUUUGUGAAUACCCUUGUCACACAGCCUGAGGAAGUGCCCUGUCUCCCAGGCAGAACUAGGGCAUCUUGAAUCCUUUUCAUUGGCCUAAGAAGAGCCUCAGAAGCCUAUUGUUCAGUGUUAAUUUGGGAUUUUUAUUUGUAAAUUGUCUUAACUCUAAUCAGGCCUCACCUGCCACAUCUCAGCCCUGACAGGGAGGUCAAUAGUAGUGGUGAGUUUGGUUUUGGUUUCGUAUACUUUGCCCUUUUCACUCUGGCAGCUCCUGCUGCUGUUUUCCCAAGUUACCCAAAGCAGUGCUGCUUGGUCCUUUUUUUCUUUUGUCUUGUACUGUCUGGUACAAUGUUUACUUAAAGGGCAAAAGGGUUUUGUAGGAAGAAAACCAAAAGAAGAGAGAACCAGCUUGGGCAUGACUGUGGUGUUGUCUUAAGGGCAGAGAGGGGCCUGGCAGUUAGGAAUGUGUCACAAACAGUAAAGCUAAAGAACGGACACUCUUCACCUACUGGCUCCUGUCCCUCCCAUUGGCGUUUCCUCACUUAUGUUGCUGGACAGGACACUCAGUGUCCCCGCUGGUCUUGCUGGUCACAGUUAAAGAUUCUGACUGUGAUGGGCUCAUACUCGUAAUGGCCUGCUGUUGAGUUGUUUUUAGUGACAGCUUUCGUUUGCUACACACCUCAUUGGCUUGCUUCCCAACACCAGCAAGAUGCGGUCCCUCCUUUCAUAUCCAAACCAGAACACAUUUGGGAAUUCCUGAGACUUUAUAGAGCAUGUAUUGUAUGUUAUAUGAACCUAACCUACCUUGUUGUUUUCUCACAUUAAGAAAUGUCAAUCAACUUUGCUUUAGUGGAGCUAUUUUGGUAAUGUAUAAGCAGUUUUGGUUCUGUUUGGAGAGUGAUUUCAAGGUUUCCAUGGCGAUUUGAACUUUGCUUAUUUCGUAUCAGUAAUACAACCAUCUUAAUUUAUCUCAAUAAAACAUUUCCUUUUUCUCCCACUGUGUCUAUGACUAAAGGCCCUCCCAACCCUGAUUACUAAGUAAAAAUAAAUAUAUAUAUGUAUGUA